AUCAGUUUAACGCUACACUCAUACACAGUGUAGUCGAGUCGAGAACUUUCUGCCAUAAUCGGGAGCUUUUUCACUUUUUCAUCUCUUACGAUCAUUCUCUAUAAACCCUAACAAAAUCAUUAACAAAUCCUCUGUUCUCGAUUUUCUCCUCUCUGUUCGUCUAAGGAGACAUGCCUCCCAAAGCAGCUAAAUCAAAGGAGGCACCGGUGGAGAGGCCAAUCCUCGGACGUUUCUCUUCUCAUCUUAAAAUCGGAAUUGUUGGAUUACCGAACGUAGGAAAGUCUACACUUUUCAACACACUCACAAAGUUGUCUAUUCCAGCAGAGAACUUCCCAUUCUGUACAAUUGAACCUAACGAGGCACGUGUUCAUAUUCCAGAUGAGCGAUUUGAGUGGCUGUGUCAGCACUUCAAGCCAAAAAGUGAGGUGUCAGCGUUCUUAGAGAUACAUGAUAUAGCUGGGCUAGUUAAAGGUGCUCAUGAAGGACAAGGGCUUGGAAACAAUUUUUUAUCUCACAUUCGUGCAGUUGAUGGCAUAUUCCAUGUUUUACGUGCAUUUGAAGACCCUGAUAUCAUACAUGUAGACGACUCUGUGGAUCCUAUAAGAGACUUGGAAGUUAUAACUGCAGAAUUACGGUUGAAGGAUAUUGAAUUCAUGGAAAGAAGGAUUGAGGAUCUUGAAAAGAUCUUGAAGAGGAGUAAUGAUAAACAGGUGAAAGUGGAACAUGAAUUAUGCCUCAAGGUCAAAACAUGGCUCAUGGAGGAUAAAGAUGUCCGAUUAGGGGACUGGAAAGCUGCUGAUAUUGAAAUCUUGAAUACCUUUCAAUUGCUUACAGCAAAACCUGUUGUUUAUUUGGUCAACAUGAAUGAGAAAGAUUAUCAGAGGAAAAAGAACAAAUUUCUUCCCAAGAUUCAUUCUUGGGUACAGGGGCAUGGAGCUGCAAAAUACUGUGAGGACAAUAAAGUACAAAGUGCUCUUCCAAAGAUUAUAAAGACUGGAUUCUCAGCUAUCAAUCUUAUAUACUUCUUUACUGCUGGCAUUGAUGAGGUGAAAUGCUGGCAAAUUCGAAGGCAAACUAAAGCUCCUCAAGCUGCAGGAGCAAUUCAUACUGAUUUUGAAAGAGGAUUCAUUUGUGCAGAGGUAAUGAAGUUUGAUGAUCUUAAGGCACUUGGAAGUGAGGCUGCUGUUAAGGCUGCAGGGAAGUAUAAACAAGAGGGAAAAACAUAUGUGGUACAAGAUGGGGAUAUAAUAUUUUUCAAAUUUAAUGUCUCUAAUGGUGGAAAGAAGUGAUAUUACUACAUAUAAAGGAGUUACUUUGACUUUUUCUUGGGGUUUGACUUGAUGAAUUCUAAUUGUGGAUUUUUUUUAAUCCGUGGAUAAGUUGGUACAUUUACCCCUAUUUAUUGAGAGAG